AUGUCUUCCAAUUAUUCUCGCCAAUAUCAAAACAUGCAACAACAUGCUACUAAUUCACCAGCAAUAGCUACGAUUGUAAGAAAAAGAAACAAUCCUGAUCCUAAUAAUCUUCUUAAUUUACAACAACAACAAACAAAGAAAAAAAGAACCAUUGAUAGGAACAUGCCAGAAAAGCUUGAUAAUCUUGUUCCAGAGUCACGCUUGUAUACAGAACUUCAAGAUUUUGAAAGAAGAUUAGAUGCAACAAUCAUCAGAAAACCACAAACACAAUUGCAAAGUGAAGGUGGCGAAGGCGUUGAAGGUGCAGUAGAUGUUAAUAGUAAUGUAAAUUAUGGUGAUAGUAGUAAUAUUCCAGCCUGGACAUUAAAAAUCGAGGGUAGAUUGUUAGAUUGGAAUAAACCUUUAAAUUUUGAAGACGUUGAUGGAUUUGAAAUUAAACGAAAAGGAGAUGUUAAUGUGAGAGCAAAAAUAUACUUUAACUUGGAUUUAGACCCACAAAAGUUUAAAUUAUCACCAGAAUUGGCAGAGCUGCUGGAUGUACAAGAAGAAUCCAAAUCUGGUGUAAUAAUGAUUUUAUGGCAGUACAUUAAGAUUUUCAAUUGUCAAAGAAUGGCUUUUCCACAAAUUCCAGAUUCACUCAAUCGACAUUUAUUUCCCAUUGAACCAAUUUGUAUAGAAUAUACUAUUUGUACUGAUAAGGAAUAUAAUCAGUCACAUUAUGCAUAUGACAUUCAAGUUGAAAUUGAUGAUCCAAACAAAAUUAGACUGGCAGCCAUUGCAUCAAAUACUUUGAAUCAAAAAGAAGUUCAAAGUAUAGAUGAAAAGAUUGUUCAAUGUAUUCAAAGUAUAAACAAUUCAAAAGCAAAACGGGAUUUCUUGCUAAAUUUUGCAAAUUCACCAAUUGAAUUUAUUAAUAAAUGGAUUGCUAGUCAAAGUAGAGAUUUAGAGGAUUGGGUUAAUGAAGCUACAUUCCAUUAUAUUUCUGCUCAGACUCAGAAAAGAAUGCAAGAGUUAUUGGGUAAUUCUGGCGGAAAUGGUUUAUCUGGCAAUUUUAAUGCUUCUAUGUCACCUGAAGAUUUAUUCGCAAAUUUAUUUGGAUUUAGUGGAAUGAGCGUUAUGAGACUUGGAAAACCCAUGGAACAUUUGCAAAAUGCAUCUAAAGCAUUCAAUGAAACAGAUGAAUUUGCAAAGUUUACAACAGUCGGUAGACAAUUAAGUUAUGCUGCUUAUCUUUCUUUUGACACGUUUGCUUGGGUUCAUGGUGUUGGCGUUUAUAAAUUCAAUCAAAUUCAAAAAAUAAACACUUAUGCUUAUAGAUUCUGGUUAAUUGGACUUUUGUUUUCUAUAUUAAAUGGUUUAUACAAAUUCCAUAACAACAAUCUUCGCAAAAGUUAUUUCGAACGAAUUAAUAAGUCAAAGGUUGCAGAAGGCAGUGAAAAUAUCAAACAAGAUAUCGCUGAUUUAAAAAGGUAA